GCCAACAACAUUCUCGAAGAAAACGAAGGCCUUUGUCCCAAAGCUUUUCCUCUCCCUCAUUUCCUCUUAUCAACCCUCAAUGUUUAUCACCAACAGAUAAAAAUAAUAAGACGAUAACAUCACCAGUAUCAAUCCCUACAACUCCAAUAAUUCAUUUAACAGAUAUGGCAAUUAAUAGAAAAUUUAAAUUGGGGAUGACACCAAGUCCAAGCCCUGCUGAAAGAAUUUCAAAUUUUAAACAAGUAACAAAACCCUCGACUUCUAAUGAAAAUAUUUUAAUACAAGGAAAAAGAGCGAGAAGAAAUAGCCGCGUUUGUGGGCUUGCUAUUGGCUCUAAUCCUUUAGGUUGUGUUCCUCUCCAUCAUAGAACACUUUCAACAAGAAGGAGAUUUUCUGCAUAUGCCAGUAUUUCCCCUCCUCCUCUUCUUAAUCGUUGGGGAGAAAAUUUUGUUGUUGAUGAAAGAAAAGGAAAAGAAGAAGAGGAAGAAGAAGAAGGAGAAAAUGCUGGAAUAAAUGAAAAGAAAGUUGAAGAAGAGAAGGAAGUAUAAAAAGUUCAAAAUUCAAAAAUGGACAAAAGAUUUGUUUUGAAAUUGGAAUAUGUAUAGUAACAUUUAAAACUGAAGAAAAACUGGAAAAUAAUUCAAA